UUGUGCCGAGAUAGAUGCGUAAACAUGGAUCAUCUCAGGUAAAUUGAGAUGUAUGACGAGCCUCUUCCUGUAAGUGAUUAUUCCCAUUGCCCGGUGUCCAUACUGGAACCUGACUGGCUAGGUCACUUGCUAAGGUGGUGGGGUCAAAAGCUAACCUCAGCUACUUUGGCUGCCUGUGGCAGACCAGAAAUGCCCUGUGAUCAGCCCUCGGGCCCUGAGAGUGGUGGGUAAAUCUCCAGCUCUUUCACCCUUGGGUGGGGUGGCUCUGAGGUGCCUGUACUGAGCUAUCUCCCAGAGUUUCCAGUGCGACUGACCCCCAUUGUCUGCCGCAGCACGGUGACUGGCUUGUUAUCACAAACCGUGUUUGGCCUUCCUUGUCUCCCUCCUGCCUCCUUGCAGGCCCUUCCUGGGAUUACCUUCCAGAUAAACUACUUGCACUUUAACUCUUGUUUCAGGGUCUGCUUCAGGGGAGCCCAAACUAAAAUGACCAGGAGAGAGGGAAUCCAGCUGUCGAUUAGUGCUCAUUGUCAUACUUUAUGGCCAGUUAAAAAACAGGAUUCAAGAACAAGUCACAAAGUCACAAACCAGCCAGAGGUCCCACAGAAGAAGCUAACUACACCAGCUUAGUUUCUUUCCUCCUGUGAGAGGAAAACCCAACUAAUUAUAGUAACAUUCCGAUAGGAAAUAUUUACACUUUUACACUCUGCAUCAACAGAGCGGAGCAGGAUAUCAUGAUAAUACCAUUGCCCUGGUACAGGACAGGGCAAAGUAUACAAAUCUAGGGAAUCUAUCCUUUUAGGGAAAAAUACUAACUUUCAAAAACAAAAAUCUAGGUGAGAAAGAGAGAUUUAAAAAUCCUAUGCUGUCACAAGUAAAACUUCAUUAUAAAAUGGGUCUUAGUCUGAUGAUCAACGGCUUGGGUUACGUUGGACCGUACAAACGUGUUCCGUGUUCAAACCAAAAGCCAGUCAGUCCAUAUUCCAAAUUCAGUAUCUGAUGAUUUUUUUUUCUCCGAAGUCACUCAGUUUCCCCAGAGAAUUUUCUCCUGCCCCAGGGAAAUACAUGCCAGGUGACCAGCAUCCUAGAAGAGAAGCGAAGCGGUAAAUGGAGAGAUGGAGAUUGUACAGCUCAUCUUUCAUGAUGCAUCCACUGUCUUAAUUCCUUUGUUCCAGUAUGGUCUUAUCCUGUCCUUAGCUGUGUUUCAACUAGGUGACUUUCAACUCAAGACCUCUCCCAUUCAGUUUCACUCAGCUUUGCCAGGCUGCACAGGAAUGGGAGCUGCAUGGUCCGCUAAUCCGGCGCACAAAAGCAGGCCUGCUGCUCUUUUAUUCUUCCGGGGGCUGGGCGCCGUGUUGAGCUCAACAGCUGAUCGGCUCUGGAACGUCCCAGCAGCGUGCCUGGGCCCCCCCGAUGUUUAUUUAGCGGCCCUCCGCCCCAGCGCACAGCCUCCCCGAGCCGGUUCGCGCGCGCUCGCCCGCACCGGAGCCAUGUACCGGCGCAGCUACGUCUUCCAGACCCGCAAGGAGCAGUACGAGCGCGCCGAGGAGGCGCCGCGCGCCGCCGAGCCCGAUAGCCUGGCGGAGGGCCGGACGGCGGCGCCCAGCCUGGCCGCGCUGCAGGGGCUCGGCGAGCGCGUGGCUGCUCACGUCCAGCGGGCCCGCGCGCUCGAGCAGCGCCACGCCGUCCUCCGGCGGCAGCUGGACGCCUUCCAGCGCCUGGGCGAGCUGGCCGGCCCCGAGGACGCCCUCGCCCGCCACGUCGAGGGCAACCUCCAGCGCGCCCGGGACCUGGCGGCCGAGCGCACGCGGCUGGAGCGCCAGGGUGCGGAGGCGCAGCGCGUGCUCGACGAGUUCCGCUGCAAGUAUGAAAACGAGUGUGAAUGUCAGCUGCUCCUAAAAGAAAUGCUGGAACGGCUUAACAAGGAAGCUGAUGAAGCCUUACUGCAUAACCUGCGCCUUCAGAUCGAAGCCCAGUUUCUGCAGGAUGAUAUCAGUGCAGCAAAGGACAGGUACAAAAAGAAUCUUCUGGAAAUUCAGACCUAUGUCACCAUCCUGCAGCAGAUUGUCCAGACCACCCCUCAAGCAUCUGCCAUUACAAGUGGGAUGAGGGAGGAGAAGCUCCUGACAGAACGAGAAGCCGCUGUCCUGCAGAGCCAGCUGGAGGAGGGCCGGGAGGUAGUGUCCCUCCUGCAGGCACAGAGAGCCGAGCUGCAGGCCCAGACGGCGGCCCUGGAACAGGCUAUUAAAGAUGCCCACGAGUGUUACGAUGAUGAGAUUCAGCUCUAUAACGAGCAGAUCGAAAGCCUGCGGAAGGAGAUUGAGGAGACUGAGAGGAGCCUGGAGAGGUCUUCCUAUGACUGCCGUCAGCUGGUGGUCGCCCAGCAGACCCUGAAGAACGAGCUGGAGCGGUACCACCGGAUCAUUGAGAACGAAGGCAACAGGCUGAGCUCUGCCUUCAUUGAAACUCCUGUCACCCUGUUCACCCCAAGCCAUGGAACCUUUCUCAGCUCUCGGCUUGGUGGGAAAGAUCUCACUAGGGCUGUGCAGGAUAUAACAGCAGCAAAACCAAGACAGAAAGGUCUCCCCAAGAACAUUCCAAGGAAAAAGGAGAUUAUAGCUAAAGACAAAGCUGAUGAGAGUCUGGAAGACAUACCACUGAAAGGUCCAGAAGACACAAAGCUGGUACAGGUGGUACCCAAAGAAGAAGGUGAGUCUAAGCUUGAAUUAGGAGCCGAAGAAGCAAGUCUCCCAACCCCAGAAGGGGCUCCAGAAGACGUGCCAGAUGGAGGGCAGAUAAGCAAAGCCUUUGGGAAACUGUUCAAGAAGGUCAAAGACAAAGUGAAAAGCCCCAAAGAACCCGAACCUCCGGCUGACCUCUACACCAAAGGGCGGUACGUGCUGGUUUCUGGGGAUGCCAGUUAUGUGGACCCUGGGUUCUGUUCCUUCUCCAUCCCAGCCAAAGGCGGAGUGGUUAUUUCCAUUGAGGAUGACUCUGUACAUCGCGACAGCACUGUGGAGCCCUCUCCUGAGCCUCCCGGGCCCCCUGUGGAGAAUGGACAGGGGGACCUUCAGGAGAAGGAAGGCGGAAAGGCACCUGACCAGCAUACUGCCGACAAGAAGAAUGAGAUUAGUGCCGAAGAACCGAAAGGGCCUGGGGAGAAACAUGAUGACCAGAAGGAAGAGAAGGAAAAGGAGGAGGAGGAGGAGGAGGAGGAGGAGGAGGAGGAGGAGGAAGAGGAGGAGGAGUCGUCGUCGUCCAAGGGGCCCUGUCCUGUGAUCACACCUGGUCCAGAGGGACCAUCUGCACCCCAGUCGCAAAGGCCUGGGGUCGGUCAGGGUGGAUCUGGGGGGCAUACGGCUAGGAGCAGUGAUGCACAGGAGAGAAGUCCACCCAGGACUUUGGCAUAUGAGAAGGUGGAAGUGAUGGAAUCCAUUGAGAAGUUUUCCACGGAGAGCAUCCAGACGUAUGAAGAAACGGCUGUCAUCGUGGAGACCAUGAUUGGGAAGACAAAGGCAAACAAGAAGAAAUCGGGAGAGAAGAGCUCUUAAAAUGCCCGGGGUCAGUGGGAAACAACGUCUUUGGGGCCACUGUAGGGGAAGUGCCUUGAUAUUUUAGAACAGAUGACAAAAGAGUGAAGGUUCCUUGUUUGGAUUAGACCAUAGUUGGCCCUUCUGACGUUGCCAAUGAAGCCUUAAUUAAAAAGUUUUCUUUGCUUGCA